GCGCGCUCUUUUGGGAGGCAGCUCGGUCUGCGUGCUGAGCGAGCCAAUCACAUUUUAGAUAAACACAAUAUUGCGUCACUGUUAUUGUGGUAGCUUGAGCUUCAGCUGCUUUCAGAGAUUUCGCCACCAUUUAGGCCUCUACAUCUGCGUUAACUAGUAGACCCGCAAAUUAUAGUACAGUACAGUACAAUGUCGCUCCAAAAGGACAUUUCAUCGGACGAGAGUUUGCAAGGUUCCUGGGUUGAGCUGCAUUUUAGUGGUACUGGUUCUCAAAGUACUAGUCACCACGGAAGCCAGGAGCAAAUUCCCACGUCUAUUCAGGAGGGUGACGUGGAGAAAAUGCUGCUAGAUGCACAGCACGAGUCGGGCAAAAACAGCUCCAGAGGAAGUUCUCAAUGCAACAGCCCACUUAGAGCCCAGACCCCCCUUCUUCUGUGGAGAGGCUCAGAGGCAAACAGCUCACAGUCAGAUGAAGACUUCCAAGAAAGAAGACGGGAAGUAGAGAACAUGAUGAAGAAAAAUGCCGACUGGAUCUGGGACUGGUCUAGUCGACCUGAGAACAAUCCACCAAAGGAGUUCCUGCUGAAGUACCCUAAGCGCUCAACCUCUCUCAGCAUUAGGAACACCAGCGUCAUGAAGAAGGGGGGUGUUCUCUCUGCUGACUUCCUGAAGCUUUUCCUUCCUUCAUUAAUCAUUUCUCACAUACUCGCUGUUGGCAUAGGGAUAUAUAUUGGGAAGCGUCUAACUUCCCACAACACCUACUAAGUAGGAUGGUGGUGUGUUGCGACACCUUCUUGGCAUGCCUUAAAAUGGGACCUUCUGAUGAUCGAGAGAGAUGUGGCCAUGUGACACGGUCCAAUUUGAUUGAGUGCCCGACUUAGCUCACAACAGCGUAGAGAGUUAAGGAUCUGUUAUUGCUGUUUCAUGGUAUUAACUCCUGAAAACAACAGUGACCAAUUCUCUGCUC